AAAGGUGGGAAAAGAUUCUUCUAGAGAAAUCGGGACCGAAGCCGAACUGGGGAUCAAAUUCCGUCCCCUCUUCUUCCUCUUUCCUCCACCGUUUACUUAACCCUUCUCGCGCGCGCACCCUCGUUCUCUCUCUCUCUCGAUCGACCUAGAGACGCGAGAAUCGUUCGAAACCCUAGAGAUUGGUGAUCGGAGACGCGAUCACCAAUCGCUCCUCGUGUGAUUUUGGUGACGAUUUUUAGGUGGGUUUUGGGGGCAUCUAGGGUAAGGGUUAGGGCGAGAGUGGUGGAGGUUUACGUCGGGGAAGAUGAAGAGGAAGGAUCUGGACGAGGCGUACGAUGAAUUCUCCGGUUUCGCCAUCUCCUCCCCGGUGACGAAGAUUAGGAGAUUGGAUGCGGGGGUUCCCCCAUAUAUGGUAAAUGAAAGAUCUGCUGUUCCUCUAGCAAUUGAAGAACAGUUGCCGAGCACUAGUGCUGUGCCUGAAGUGGAAUUGAUGAUGGAUGAUGCACUGCCUUCUCUCCCUUCUGUUGACGAGAAAGCUCUUGUGUUAUACAAGCCAUCAGACACGCCACUAACUCUCAACCCAGGCCAAUCGAAUGUUUCUUUGCUAGUGAGCCCAGACUUAAUUGAAAGUCUCAAGAACCGAGUUUUUAAUCACGGGAUCAAUCGAAGCUUGGAGUUAAAAUCUCCGGUGCAAAGCAACAGCUUGGCGGUGGUUCCAUGGGUCCCGAAACCGGGCGCCACGACUAAUUGGCAUCUCGCCCAACCGGAAAGGCAGGUAGUGGAGGAAACAAUGGAGGACGAAGAGGAAAGAAGCGCUUCUAUGGAAGUCGAAGAAGCAGAAGCACAAGCCAAUACUGCUCAAUCAGGAGGCGAGAGCUUCAGCCGGUGGCAACAACAACUACAACACUGUGUGGUCCCCGAGCUCCGGCCGAACCCAUCCACCUCUAUCAUGUGGUCAUGGUGAUUGCGGAUUUUCGAUCUCUUCUUGAACUCUUCUCUCACCAUUGCACCACAGAUUUUUGAGUCUUUAGUAUUUACUCCCUUGCAGAAAGAUAGAGAGGCCAAUGAGGAGCUUUUUCCGUAUAGAUUUGAAGGUUAGUAAACUGUCCAUCUAUGUCUAUAGACCAAAAUUACUCACUCAAUGCAAUGAUUUUAGCUUUAAACUCUCUACUGCUUCAGCUC